GUGGUAUUGGCAGGUACGCGUUGUGAGUGACGGUCACGCGUUUGAUGGGAGAGAUCGGAGUAGAUGAUCCGUGAUUCGUCGCUACGUCAGCAGAAUUUGCUCGUCAAGGAGUGGCAUUGACAGGCCUCGACUGCGACCGCAUCCUUGCUUCAUUGGCAUUGCACGGGUCGCGCACGGACGGGGUUUCGCUUGAAGCCAACUAACAAAAGCCGCUCCUGUUUUAAGGUACUUGUGCUUCAUGCUGGCUACACGACAUUGAGCUGAUCCACAUGCUUGGCAAGACAACCGCUGGCGAUCAUUGCUCUAGUCAAGCGUAGUGAUCCUCAACCAGAUCUCCUUACUGUGAGAUGCGGAAAGCCACUGCCGUUCUAACACCUAUUGCCCAUCGUCGUAUCCUCGGUAGAACAUUUGCAAGCACAGCGCGCGGAAUCAUGUCGGAGCCUGGGCCUAUUGAGUCGGCUAUUCGUGACAAGCUGACAGCGCAGUUCAAUCCCAUCCGACUGACCAUCAUCAACGAUUCGUCGAAACACCGCCAUCACGCGCCCAUGCGAGCUGACCCAGCCUCCGCCGCGUCUGGUGAAACCC